UUUGAUAUCAUAAAUAAAUUUUUUUGUAUAUAUCCUAGAUGAAAGAUUCAAUGCAUAAGAGCUAUGGUUGUCAAGUCAUGGAAAAUUCAUCGAUGUUUGCCAAUUUAACUUUUACAUCGCCAGAAGUGACGUUUACAUCUUGUUCCGGCGAAUAUCACUUCGAGACGGAAUUUAUGGAGAACAGCGUAGUUACUGAAUGGGGUUUAGUAUGCGAGAAACGAUAUCUAUCUUUUCUUGGACCGACUGUUUAUUACAUAGGAGUGCUUCUGGGUGCAUGGAUCACCGGAUUUUUAAUUGAUCUUAUUGGUAGACUUCCAGUCCAAGCGAUAUGUCUUUAUGUGCAAGGCACAAUAGCGGUCGCACUCUAUAUUGUGCAGAGUUAUUCUGCGUUUCUGGUGUUACGUAGUCUUCAAGGAGUAUUCGUUCAAGGCUUGCAGAAUUCCACAUAUAUUCUUUCCCUGGAACUAUUUCCAGCGCGAUCUCGCACUCUUGUCGCAUUGAUUAUGCAGAUUUCCUGGUCGAUGGGUCUCGUACUGCUCGCAUUACUCAGCUACGUGAUUCCUGAUUGGCGAAUUUUGCAAUUGGCUGUUUCCGUACCCACUGCAAUCACUGUGCUGUAUAUUUGGAUUAUACCGGAAUCACCGAGAUGGCUGUUGGCUAAAGAAAAAUCAACAGAAGCUGAUAUGGCGCUUGAAAGAAUCGCAAUAUAUAACAGCUGUUGCAGAUUACGAACGAAGAAUAUUCUUAUGCAUGGAGCAUGCAUGGAAAGUAACUCAAUGCCGAUAAAACCGAAGAGAAAGUCGCGUGUCAUCAGUGACGAAUUUGAGAAAACAAGAGCUGAUGAAAAUCAGCGAGAAGAAAUUACGAAUUUAUUAAACAAAUCGAAACUAACGGAACAAAAAAUUAUAGGAAAAACUUUAGAAGGCAAUUCGAUCAACUUGAAAAACAAAUUUUCCAACAUAGAAUUAUACCAAGAGACGCCAAGUUCAGUGGAAAAUUUUAAUAAACGGCAUUUGCCUUCGAAUUCAAAGUGCGAUCAAGAGUCAAAGAUGACUACAUCCUCGAAAUGCGAUAAAAAAAUUUUUCCGAAAGACACAGAGGAAGUAAUGUUGUGUAAAAUAAAGAAAGAAAAAACAAGCAAAAAUGAAGAGGAAACGGGAAGUAACGACACAAAACAAACUGCAAACAAAAUAAACUCAAGAUUGAAAAAUGCAAUUGAAUCAUCGGUAUUAAGAAAAUACGGUGCUAUAAUGAUUUGUCAAUGGUGGACGUCUACAAUAGCGUGCAACAUAUUUGAUGAUUUGACACCGAGUUUUCAGAUUAACAGGCACAUCACGUUCGCCCUGAGUGCAACUCUCGAAAUGGCGACGAAUACAUUUGUAUAUUUUGUAUUAUCUAGAUAUGGUAGACGACUGCCAAUAUGUACAUAUCAAUCUUUCAAUGGCAUUGUCUGUAUUUUAAUUGCGGUUUUCUUUAUUUUAACCGCUACCGUUGCACCGUGGAUCGAUAUCGCAAAGACGACAAUGUUACUAUUUGGCAAAGUGACUGUCAUGAGUACCCUUUCUAUUGUUUAUUUGUAUACUGUUGAAAUAUUUCCAACAGUGAUACGAGGUCGCUGCUUAGGUUUAUGUGUGAUGUCCGCAAAAAUCGGCAGCCUAAGCAUACUGCAUUUAUUAAGACAUGUAUCACUUCCGAUACCGUUACUAAUCAUUGGAAUGUUAUGCCUCGUCUCCGGUGUAUUGGUUUUAAUUUUACCAGAAACACUGAACAAAAUUUUACCUGAUCAAGUGAUGGAUAUGAAAAAUAUAAUCGACAAGAACAAUUGCAAGGAUGAUGAUAUCAAUACAGAAAAUGACGUAAAGGAAGAAGAUUUGACAGAAAGACAAAUUUUAAGGCAGAAACUUUUUUCAGAGAAUUGGGUAGAUGCUGGCAAUGGAAUUUUGGUGAAUUUUAUGGAAAAUAAAAAUACUGAAUAAUUUACAAAAUAAA